UACUGUGGAUUUGAAUGUUGCAAGAUCUUUAUACUUAAUUACGGGUAUUCAAUCAGAUGCCGCGUAUCGUUUAGGUCAUUUCCUUGGUUUGCAAAUUGAUGUUGACUAUGAUGGAGAAAAACGAUUCUUAAUGAGGAUUGCGCUAUACUUGAAACGUUCUUAUGAAAAUUGGACAAUGCAAUCUUAUGUUCUUGCGCAAUCAAUGGAAUUAUUUUUGAUAUCAUGGAUUUUUUUAGGAUCAACACUUGAAAGCUAUGGCAUUCCGGUUACAUCACCAAAUAUACUAAUAUCUGUGAGAGAAUGGGAUUUGUAUAGAGACAACAAAAUGGAUCUACCGGAUAUCAAGACAUGA